CAGUAGUAAAGUAGUAUAUGUUCUAAGGUCUGUGUAAUAAGAUGCAUAAUUUUAUCUGUUUUGUUUAGUGUAGCUAAUUUAAAUAAUUAUGCGAUUUAAUUUUUUAAAUUUGGGAUAUAAACAAAUUGAAGUAAAUUGAAAAUGACUGCCGAUUGUGCAAUUAGCAAUGAACAAGUGAUUUUUGUUACGGGAGGUUAUGAUCAUACUAUCAAAAUAUGGCAACCGCAUACGGGCGUCUGUCAACGUACUUGUCAACAUACGGAUUCUCAAGUUAACGCAUUGGAUAUCACACCGGAUAAGUAUGUUGUAGCUGCUGCUGGAUAUCAGCAUAUACGAAUGUAUGAUCUAGCUUCAAACAAUCCUAAUCCAGUUAUCAACUAUGAAGGAGUAUCAAAAAAUAUUACCAGUUUAGGUUUUCAUGAAGAAGGAAAAUGGAUGUAUACAGGAGGAGAAGAUUGUUCUGCAAGAGUAUGGGAUUUGAGAUCUAGCAGCUUUCAAUGCCAAAGAAUAUUUCAAGUAUCUGCACCUGUAAAUUGUGUGUGUUUACAUCCCAACCAAGCAGAACUAAUUGUUGGCGAUCAAAGUGGAGUCAUACAUUUAUGGGAUCUUCGUUCUGAUCAUAAUGAACAAUUAAUUCCUGAAGCUGAAUCUUCGAUUCAGGAUAUUACAAUAGAUCAAGAUGGCACUUAUAUGGCUGCGGUAAAUAAUAAAGGACAUUGCUACAUUUGGACGCUUUCAGGAGGCAUCGGAGAAGAACCUACAAAACUUAAUCCUCGUCAUAAGCUUCUAGCUCAUAAACGUUAUGCUCUCCGCUGCAAAUUCAGUCCUGAUUCUACAUCGUUGGUAACAACAUCGGCUGAUCAAACUGCGCGAGUAUGGAGAACAACAGAUUUUUCCGAAGUACAAGUGCUUCAACAUGAGGCAAAGCGUUGGGUUUGGGAUGCAGCAUUCAGCGCAGAUUCUCAAUAUGUAUUUACCGCUUCUUCAGAUGGAGUUGCAAGAUUGUGGAAUGCAUCUACAGGAACAGUAGAACGAGAAUAUCAAGGACAUCAGAAAGCUGUCACAGCUCUUGCUUUUCGCGAUGAAAUUGUUUCCGCAAGCUAGAAAUAAAAAAUGACUAUUUAAAUAUUAGAUUUAGCAACCUAUGAGUGACUCAACCUUAAAUGAGAAUGAAUUUUUAUACAGAAAUUAUACGUUUCGCGUGUUAUUUCCGUGUCCAAAUCCAUUCUUAGAAUGCCAACGUUUCGUCAACAUUGCAGUUCACUUUAUCAGGGCGAGGAGCAGCCUAAUACUAGAAUGAUUUUUUUUAUUUAUUUAAAUUAAUUUAAAAAGGCACAUUACCUUAGUGAGAUCGAGACUAGAACCUCUGGAUUAUGAGUUUUCUGCGUUACGUGCUACACCAUUUCUUCAAUUGAUGAAUGCGUUACUUAUUGUCUAUACUAUAACUAG